UUCACAGGGCAACCUGUGAGACGGGUGGUCUGAUCUCAACACAAACAAGGUUUUACAGUUGACUUAAUAUGAGCUCAACAGAGCUGUUGAAUACUGUGAGCACUGUUCAGGUUAUGAACACUUGAUGAGAAUGGACAACGGGAAUUUCAAAUUGCUACUAAGUCUGUCCAUUUAUUCAUGGCUAAUAAAAGGAUCGACACCAGACGUGUCAUUUGUCGGUCUGCCCAGUACAGUCAGCCUGGCAGAAAACAGCCCGGCUGGCACAGUCAUCUACAGUUUCCAGAUGGUUCUUUCCCCAAGAGCUAGCAUUGCAUCAGGGUAUCCCAGAAUACAGAACUCUGACCCUCUCACCAAUGCCUUUUUAGUGUCCAUGCGUAACACCACCCAGGCCCAGGUGUCUGUGACUGGGACUGCCAACCUGGAUUUUGAGGCUACACCAAACCGCUUUGUUUUGCAAGUCCUGGCUGUGGAUAACAAAGGAGAUGGUGGUCUUCAGACACUGACAGUGAUCCUAACUGAUGUGGAUGAGCCUCCUGUGUUCUUAGACAAGGUAUCAGUCCUCUAUGUUCUGGAGAGAUCCACCCCUGGAGAGAUUUAUGUGCCCACUGUGUCUGACCCUGAGAACAGGCCUUUGACUUCUACACUGAAUCCUCCAAUCCCAGGAUUUGGUUUAAACAUUCUGUCAGCAUCCCUCAUCACAUCAAAGGAGUUCAACUACCUGACUGAUCCCAGAAGUUAUGUUUUCAACCUAUCAGUGAGUGAUGCGAACAACACAGUGUCCCGAACACUGGUCAUCAAUAUUAUAAACAGAAAUGAUUACACACCUAUAUUCCUAAAUAAAAUCACUCAUUUUACCAUCCCUGAGGAGCAGAGUCCUGGAUCUGUUGUCACCAACGUUACAGCAGUCGUCCCAGAUGACUCCUUUUAUGUCGGUUUCGUGUUCUAUACAAUCAGUCCCAACAACUACCUCACCAUCCACAGAGAUACGGGCUUGGUGACCAUUGCCAACAGAAUGGACCGUGACAUAGCCCCUCUGAGAAAGAACCCAUCUAUAUCUGUCACAGUGACUGCCACCUACCGGCCCCCUGGCCCCCCAGUCUCUAACUCCAUCACCCUGACUGUCACUGUCACAGAUAUCAACGACAACCCUCCUGUCUGCUCCCCGGAUGCCAAUAGGGUGGAGCUGCCAGAGUCAGAGAAGGUGGGGGCCCUCAUCACCAGCGUGACCUGUACUGAUAAUGAUGUGGAGCCUGCCUUCACUCAGUUCCAGUUCUCAGGUCUCUCUUGCCUGGGCUGCAACCUGCGCUUUGCUCUGGAUCCGCCUGAUUCCAACCGUGUUGUGCUUACAGAAAACCUUGACUUUGAGGAUCCCAGCAACCUGUUUGUUGGUAAUGAAUACUGCCUGUCAGUUGAUGCUGUUGAUAAGAAUGACACCACCCUCAAAGGUAAUGCGUUUGUGUAUGUAACAGUGACGCCUGUUAACGAGUUUCCACCUGUGUUCACUUCAACAUCAUAUCAAUACAAUGUCUCUGAACUUCUCAACAGUGGGACAGUAAUCGGAGCAGUCAUGGCUACAGACAAAGACCUCCCACCCACUGCAGUCAGUUACUCAAUCAUCUCUGGAGGUGGCAGCGCUGGUCUGUCCAAAAUCUUCUACUUGGACCCCAAGCUGGGACAUAUUAUUUUGUUUGCCCGACCAGACUACGAGACCCCAACGACGAUCCACACUCUGCUUAUCCGAGCUGUGGAUGGAGACCCAAUCAGACCCCUCACUGCUACCGUCACGGUCACCAUCAACAUCAUAGAGGCCAAUGAUGAACCUCCCUUGUGUAGCCCCAAUAAGACCAACCUGGUUGUUCCCAAAGACCUUAGGGUCGGCACCAAUAUCCAGGGCUUCAUCCUGUCCUGCACAGACAAAGACUCUCCACCCACCUCCUUCAUCUACUCCAUCUCAGGGGCCAGCAACCUGAACAAUCACUUUGUCUUCUCCCAUGCAUCGGGCACUAAUGUCACACGGCUUCUCUUGAGGGAGCCCUUUGACUUUGAGAGUGGCCUGGAUCAGGUGUGGCAGUACAGCCUGACUGUGCUGGUCUCUGAUGGGAACCUGAGGGAUCGGGGGCCGACCCAGACUGGCACCAUCAUCAUCAACAUCGCUGUGGUGGACCCUGAUCUCACCACCAUCAUCACCACAACCCCUCCUCGCGUCACAUACAUCCAUAUGACUGAGAACUCGUUCAGCAUGCAGGACUGGUAUGUGUGGUUUGUCAUCGCCCUGGGUGCCAUGCUCCUGCUGGGGCUCCUAGCGUGUCUGCUGUACCAUCUGGGGAAGUGGCUCUCCACCAAGAAGUGCACCUACUGCCGACGCCCCCCAGUGGAGCACAAGGAAGUCCUCAUAACAAAGACAGCACCUCCCAAAAAAGUAAUCCUAGAGGAGGUGACCAAGUUCAACACUGUGUUUGAUGGAGAGGAAGUCGACCCCGUCACAAAGCGGGUGUAUGAAUACAACAGCAAGUCAGGAGCCAGACGCUGGAAGGACAGUGGCGUUGUGGUCGAGUCUCGACCACAACCCGAAAGCAGCACCUCGGUCAUCUCGGAGAUGCCCACCAGUCACCAGGACCACUCAGGCCCCGGCCAAUCACCUUUUGGGAGGGCUGACACUAACCUAUUGCAGAGCAGGAGUGAGGCUGAGGGAAGGGUGUCUGAGGAGCUUCGACACAUCACCAGAGGAUCCCAGUUGCUAAACAUGAGAUCAGGACCGUCCGCUUCAUCAUCUGCCCAGUCAGCCAGAGGUGUGGCAAUUGAAGUCCAUAAUAUUUCUGAGGUCUAAUACUGAUCUUCCAUUCCUACUUUCACAAAAAUUACAUGUGUGCCACUGAAAAAAUGCAACACUUCAAUGAUAUCAAUAAA